AUGUUCACAGCCCUCCAUCCCUAUAUCGGUUCCAUCUGUCAUGUUUACCUCGACGAUAUCAUCAUCUGGUCUGACUCCCUUGAGGAACACCAUCAAAAUGUCGAGACUAUUCUUUCUGCACUACGCGCACAUCAUCUCUAUUGUUCUCCGAAGAAGACCGAUCUCUUUUGCCUUGAACUCCAUUUCCUCGGGCACCGCAUCUCCCAUGCUGGUGUCGAAGCUGACGAUUCCAAGGUUGAGAAGAUUCUUGCUUGGCUCAUCCCUUCUUCUGCAUCUGAUGUCUGCUCCUUUCUUGGACUUGUGAAAUACAUCUCUAACUUCCUCCCUGCACUCUCUAACCGCACCCGCAUUCUGAAUUCCCUCUCCACUAAGGAGUCUGAACGUGAUUUCCUCUGGUCUUCUGAACACCAGACUGCCUUCAAUGUGAUUAAACAACUCAUUGUCAGUCGCGAAUGUCUCACUGUCAUCGACCACCAGAACAUGGCCGAUAACAAGAUUUUCGUAUGCACUGAUGCUAGUGACUGGUGUUCCAGCGCUGUGCUUUCUUUUGGCCCUACUCUUGAGACUGCUCACCUGGUGGCUUUCGAUUCCAUGCAGUUUAAAGGUCCUGAACUCAAUUAUCCUGUUCAUGAAAAGGAACUCUUAGCCAUCGUGCAUGCGCUCAAGAAAUGGUGUGUCAAUUUAAUUGGUGUCCCCUUCACCAUCUACACUGACCACUGCACUCUCAAGAACUUCACAUUCCAAAAGAAUCUUUCAAAAUGA